GCUUCAUCAGAGAUAGUUCCAUUAAGCAAAACAAAGAGCUUCUUUCUAUUUGAAUGAUUUUUUCGGGGAGAAAGUUUUGAGUUGCUGUAAAGUUUGUAAAUUUUUUGCAGAAGUUCAAGAAAUUGCUUUCGAUAAAGAACUAGUUGUGGAUUAGCAAGUUUACCUCAAUCAUUUGGCUGACAAGAAAAUCACAAAGUCACGCUGACAUUUCAAAUUGGAUUCGAAUAUUAAUUAGUGCUUAAUUGAAUAUUAAUAGACAGUGUAAUUUAGACCCUUUUCUACAUAAGAAGUAGAUAUAAAGAGCUGUGUAAUUAUUUUGUCAUCUAAAGAACUAGCAAGUAAUAAAGAUGACGGAAAGUUCAGAAAGUUCAAAACCAAAAUCAGGAGAUUAUAAACGGGAAGCAUCAUGGCCAUCUGUUUUAUUCUUUAUUCAUUUAAACAUUCUAGGAUUGUAUGGAAUCGUCAUUUUAUUCACCAAUACUAAGCUCAUUACAAUUGCUUUCUCCACCAUUUUGACUUUAAUGGGAAUUUAUGGAUCAACUGUAGGAGCACAUAGACUUUGGGCACAUGGAACAUUCAAAGCAAGUACAACACUCAGAAUUUUACUUAUGCUGUGUCAGACUAUGGCAGGAAAUGGCUCAAUUUAUGACUUUGUUCGAGCUCAUCGUUUGCAUCAUAAAGCUUUUAAGACCGCUGAUGAUCCAUACUACAGUGAUAAAGAUUUUAUGUCAUCACAAGUUUUUGCUCAUAUUAGAAAGUUGAGUACACGUCAAGAAAAAAUGAUUGAGGAAGUGAAUAUGAAAGAUAUGGAGGACGAUGGUGUUGUUAUGUUCCAAAAGAGAUUCUAUUGGAUCCUUUACAUCAUUCUCUUUGUUCUUCUUCCAAUUAAUGCACCUCUUGAAUAUUGGGACGAUACAGCACAAGCAGCUAUUUUCGUUGCAUUCUCAUUACGCUACCUAAUUGUUAUUAAUGUCGCUUGGCUCAUCAACUCAGCACACUUCAUUUGGGCACUUGAUAAGAAUCAUAAGCAAUCUGAUUCCAAUAUGGUAUUCAUUGUUACUAAGAGUUAUUGGCCACAAUACCACUACUUACUUCCAUACGAUUACCAAAGUGGUGAGUUUGGAAAUUAUGGCGAAGGAUCAUCAACAAGUCUCAUUCGAAUUUUUGCUGCUAUGGGAUGGGCAACUGGUUUAAAGACUGUAACAUCAGAAGCUGUAAGAAAAGGCCUUGCCAAUGCUGUUGAUACAGGAAAAGACGUUGUUGAAUGUUUGAAUGAAGCUAGUGAAGCUGAAAUGUUGAAUCUUGCACCGGAUCAUUAUCUUAAACGUGAAAAUUUGCAGUAAUUCAAUUACAGGAUUUAAGGAAGGUUUUGAACAAAAAAAAAUGUUUUAAGGCAGAUGAAGAAGUGUUAAUUUUUUAAUCUGUUAUAAAAUUUCAAUCAAAUUCAAUUUUGUUAAGGAUGAAAAUAAAGUUUUUUGAUACAAUUUAUGAGAACAUUAA